GUCCUCGUAGCAGGGGAAAAUGUCUCGCAGGUAUCUGGUUUGACGAACCACGAUGCGUGCGAGGUGCAUGUGUGUGCGUGUCGUGUGAAUUUUCACAGGUGGUGAUUUUCGGUGCUGGACAAGAUAGCCGAGGGAUAGCCGGCGGAAUCGAACGGCAGUCGAAAAGAGGAGACUGGUGAGUUCCCGAGGCGCCGUGAUCGCGGGGCGUAUCCCAAAAUCGUGGGGGAAAAACGGCCCUGAUUCGGUCAAGCAAACUUCGCGGACAGUGUGCGUCGUGUUUUCUCGCAUUCCGUGAGAGAAUCGCGGGUGUGCAGGGGAGCAGUGCGAGUGAGAACGCCGCUGCAACGCGAGGGUGCAUCAGUUUUGCAGAGGUAUCGAUUCGACUGGACAGAACUAAGCCGAUGCAGCUUCGCGUACGAUGUCGGAUCGGUUUGUGACGAUUUUCGUAGGAACGACGGUAACCUGGAUCUGAACGUUCCCCGCGGGACCCUUGACUGGCAAGUGAACGUUUUUCUUAUCGUAGAUUGUCUCAGUUCGAAUCACUGCCAAUGUGCAACUCGGCCGACGCUUCCUACGUACAAAAGCUAGGUUAUCUGCACCUUGGAGAUGAACCCAGUGACGCCGGCGGUGCUACGGGCAUCGGCAGGGUCACAGGGUCGAGACCCGAGGCUCAGGUACCCGUGUCGAGGACCAUCGUCGGCAGAAACGACGCUAGAGGGCCUGGCAGACCAGUUGGUGCUAUCGAAAGCUUCAUCGAGGGCAAUUCUGAGACCAGGCAGGUUCCAGCAACAGAUUACAAGCUGUACGAAAGGGAAAACAUUAUAGCUGCGUCAAGAUUUGCCACGCCUAAGCCUGUCGAACAGAUAAGCGCUCAACAGCAACAGAGUCAGAGUCGUAUGACGCAUCAACAGGCUCCGGUGUACGAGAACAUCGAUUACUAUCCGCAGCAGAGCCAACCCCAUCCUCCUUAUUACCAUCCGGUGGACUCUAGGAAAAGCCCUAAGAGCAGUCCCAGAGGAUCCUUGGCCAGCGAAUCUUACGAGCCUACUUUCAGAAAAGCACAACCACAAGUGCCUACCGGAAACCGGUACCAAUCCGUGUCUCCUGCGAAAGAACUCCCUCCGUACGAAGCACCACCUGUUUAUGAGAAUAUUCAGGAGGUGCACUUCCCAGAGAACGCACAAAAUAAGCCAGGCCCUCAGGUUCCACCUAAUUACUACCACCCUGCUACGAUUAAUGGUGGUGAUUAUGUUGUAAUGACUGGGAAAGUGGGCCAAGCACAAAAUCAACGUGGUAUGACACAAAGUUUGUCUUAUACGCAACAAAGGGGAAGUAAUAUACGGGGCCACAGCUACGAUGGCUCGAGUUUACAGCGUUCUGUGGACUCUUCUACGUCAAGGUACUUACAAGGAUCGUCUUCUUCGCUAGACCACCAAGCUGGCAGAAGUGCUUAUGUUCCGCCAUCUGAAUUACAAACACCAACCAGGAAUUUUAGUUAUAGUGUCGAGCAGCAACAGCAACAUUCUCCUAGAACUGGACUGCCUUACCAUAGUGAAUCUCCACCGAUUCGUUUGCCUCCAGAACCUCAUCUCUACCGUGGAUCUCUGGACAGUACACUGAGCGGUCAGCACGGAUUUCGAGCCACGAAUCACAUUGAAAGUGCACAACAGUCUCAGUACCGUCAGGACAGUCCUCAGAGUUACAAACCUUACAUAGAGUCCAAUACAAAAACUGCCAGUGCGAACAUCUCUGGGGAAGCACAAGCCAGAAAUUCUCCAGUCUAUGGUGCAAGACAGGGGGAACAGUCCGCCUGUAGAAAUUCCCCCUGUUAUUCUCCACCGAAGGUUUUACCACCUCUUGAGAGGAGCUACUACCAUCAGGAGCCUAGAUCUGAAUUUCCAGCCAGAAAUUCACCAAUUUACUCCUCCAAUAGAUCAACGGAACACUUAAGACUAAGUAAUUUACAGAAUGAUAGAAACUUCAUUCAGGAUGUACCUGACCCAUCCGACACGAAAUCACCGGUGUACACUACAAAUCGUGCCGAAGCAUCGAGAAUCAUCGCGAACAAUCACAUCGCCAGAGGAUCUCCCAAAGUGAGUCCAACCCACAACCAGGUGUCGUCGGACACGGUCACACACAACAUGAUCAAUUCACCGAGACACGUGUCCUCGUCCUCCGCGAAUAAUGUCAUGGGAAGUCCUCUACGUGGUCAAGUACAGGCACCGGUGACCAGUGCUACAACCACCACCACCGAGCCCGAUUUAAAUGUCCAUGGGCCUAGGAUCACUAGUCUGCCACCGGGGGUGACUAGCGGGGUGGCUGGUCCAGUUUUUCUGAACGCUGGGGUACCUGUAUUACAAAGGCCGUCUGAACCAGAACUCGAAGAAAGAAAGUCAGUCAGCCCGCCGAUCAAACCCACGGCUGGGAAGGGUCUGCUGCCGUACAAUGUCAUACCACCCAGACCUUCAGUAAGAAACCACUCUGGACCCACCGAGGCGGAAAGGAAAAUAGAAGAGCUGACGAGACAACUCGAAGAGGAAAUGGAGAAGCAAGAAGAGGAGGGCGAAUACUUCGGUAUAUGUCACACCUGCGGUGAAAAAGUCACCGGGGCCGGUCAGGCCUGCCAAGCCAUGGGCAACCUAUACCACACCAAUUGCUUUAUAUGCUGUUCCUGUGGGAGAGCAUUGCGCGGCAAAGCGUUCUAUAACGUUCACGGGAGGGUGUAUUGCGAGGAGGAUUAUCUGUAUUCCGGCUUCCAACAGACGGCCGAGAAGUGCGCUAUCUGCGGACAUCUGAUCAUGGAGAUGAUUUUGCAAGCGAUGGGGAAGUCGUACCACCCAGGGUGCUUCAGAUGCUGCGUGUGCAACGAGUGUCUCGACGGUGUUCCUUUCACGGUCGACGUAGACAAUAAGAUAUACUGCGUGAACGACUAUCACAGGAUGUUCGCGCCCAAGUGCGCUUCUUGCGGGAAGGGAAUCACACCUGUCGAGGGGACCGAGGAGACCGUCCGGGUCGUCUCGAUGGACAAAGACUUCCACGUGGACUGCUACGUCUGCGAGGACUGCGGUAUGCAGCUGACCGACGAGCCGGACAAACGAUGCUACCCACUCGACGGCAGACUCAUGUGCCGUGCGUGCCACAUCCAACGCAUAUCCCACACGCAGCCGAGGGCACCGCAGCCAGUAUCAGCUAGUUAUCAAUUUAUGGGAUAAGUUAAAUGAAUUCCGCGACCGUAUGCAUUUCACCGUACCGCGACACCAGUCCGCCGAACAACUGAAACGGAGUUUCAAGGUAACGGUUAACUUGCCUGUUGGCCCACGGUGGUUUAAAUUACAUAGAAACUAGAGAACACACGCAUCAUCUACAAGACAAAUAGCUUUAUCGUUCCUCCGACGAGGACUGGAUCAUAUACCAAGACUGGCUAUUUACAGAAUCGAAAUACUUACACUUCCCAACGGGAUCACCUAGAUUCUAGAUUAUUCAGGUCUAAUCAAUUUAUAAUCUAUCGAUGAUCUGCCGUAAUUCGUUAGCGAUACGUCGCCGUGAUUCGCGGCGACAUUUUUUUUCCAUUGACAGCUACUAAUAUAGGUAAGUGGUAUAUUUAAUAUAUGUGGUCUUAUUUAUUCGUCGAAGGUACUGCACGCGGGUGCAGUGGUCUCAUUUAGGAUGAGCUGGUUGCGCAGGCAACUGUGAUAUAUUAGCAUAAUAACAAAAAUGUUGUUAAGUAACUAUUCCUUUAUUUAGUACAUGUAUAUAAUGUAUAAGUAACCAUAUUAUUGCGACGUGUCCAUGAUGAUGAGGAUCGAGGGUAGUACACACGGAUCUCAACGAUCGAGACCUAAGAUUUUUGGAUACGUCCGAUUCUACCAAGACUUCUACCGAUGGCGCAGAAUGCCGUAGCUGAUACAUCGCGUUUUUUGCUAACAGUAUUUAUUGCGACAAUACGUUAUACACCGAUCAUUCGAGCGAGAACAUUACGUAAAUACUCUUGAGACUUUUAACGAUGUUGCUCAGGAAAGGUUCACGAUCGUACGAAGCUCAAAAUUUUAGAAUCCCCGUGGCUUCGCGGGGCUAGGUUUGGUGCAUUAUCGUUGAGUAAACUAUAUAACGCACAACUCGUGCUGCCAAAAAACUUUGCUACGUUUCACGAAUAUUCAAUAUCUUUGCGUCUAGCCGUAAGCUGCGAGUAUUGUAGAUAAAAAGUACAAUGUUAUUUAAAUGUAUGCACGGUAUGUAAAAGAAGACGACCGUUCAAUAAAGAAGAGUAUACCUGUCAACGUUAAA